AUGGAGAACAACACUCAUGAUAUGUCAAGCAACAAGGAUCUAACAGUUGCUGAUCUCAAUGGAGAUAAGAUUGAGGAUGAGGCUUCUCAGCAUGAGAGUUCCACUCAAAGUGACAAUGAGUUUGGCUCUGAUCAAAGAGACAGACUCAAAGUUAGAAGAAAAUUAAAUUUUGAUAAUGUUGAUAAUUUAGCUAACACCGGAUUUGUAGGAUCUCAAUUCACAUGGUGUAACAACUGGGGUCACCCCAAAACAAUAUGGAAGAGGCUUGACAGGUUACUCUUCAAUGAAGAAUGGCUAGACGAUUUCAAUGAUACAAAAGUCACUCACCUAUCUAGAACAGACUUUAUUAAGAUUAUCAAAGAAGUUUGGUCCAUGCCUACUGAUGGAAGUGCUAUGUGGCAAUUACAUUGUAAAAUGAAAGCUCUGUAUUCCAAGUUAAGUGAGUGGUCUAGAGUAGCAUUUGGUGACAUAUUAAAAGAUACUAAAGAAGCUGAAAAUCAAAUCAAUAUCCUUGAGAAGAAAUUAGUUGAUGAUACCAGUGAGGAAAAUAGAAGUGCUCUCCAUAAGGCCAAAGCAGAAUUCACUAAGCUUUUUAAAAAUCAGGAAGCUAUUAACAGACAAAGGGCCAAAGCUAAGUGGCUCCAAGAUGGGGAUAAAAAUACUUCUUACUUCCACAAAGUGAUUAAAGAUAGAAGAAGAAAGUUGAAUAUCCACAACAUUCUUGAUAAAGAGGGGCACAAAGUGUCAGGACACAAUCAGGUUGCAGAAGUAGCCAUUAAGAACUUUAAAGAGCUGUUUAGAUAUCAAGAAUGUGAAGGAAGUUAUGAUAUUCUAGAUCAGAUUCCCAAAUUAGUCACAGAGGAAAUGAAUACUAAUCUACCAUUCAAGAGGUUAGAAAUGCUGUAA